AUGUCUAACGUUGCCAAGCAAGCCGCCACCAAGAUCGAAUGGUCGAGAGUGAUCUCGUCGCUCGGGUUGACCGGGCAAACCGCGGCGCUGUUGUCGGCGUUCAAGAAGAGAAACGACGACGCCAAGAAGGCGGUGUUGGACCUCGAGGCCCAGCCGCAAACCGUCGACUUUGCCCACUACCGCAAGGUGUUGUCCAACCAGAAGGUGAUUGACGAAGUGGAAAAGUACGUCAAGUCGUUCACCCCGGCCAAGCCCGACGUGUCCAAGGUGAUCGCCAACAUCGAGAUCUUUGAAAACGCCGCCGUCGACAACGCCAAGUUGACCGAGAAGUCCGUCACCGAGGAAAUCAAGCAAUUGCAAGCGACUUUGAAGGACAUCGAGUCGGCGAGACCCUUCGACCAAUUGACCGUCGACGACGUCGCCGCCGCUUCGGACUUGGACAAGAAGGUCACCUACAUGGUCAAGAACGGUAAGUGGGAAGUGCCCGGCUACAAGGAAAAGUUCGGCGACUUGACGCUCAUGUAA